AUGGUUUUUUGUCCAAAGGUGUUAUCAUCCUCCUACGUAUGGCAAAUAUCAAAACUUGGGUGGUCAGCCUCAAAAGAUUACUACCUCCAUUUUCCAAUCAAGAACAUUGAUGAUAUUCCAGAUUACAAUAAGGAAAUUAGUUUGUCCAUCAUUGCUACUAUCAUCGGUUUUGAUUUAAAUGAAGACUGGUAUUCUUUUUAUUGUUGUGACUGUUCAAAAAAAUUAAGUAAGAAUGAUGAUGAAACCAAUGCUGAACCAUUUAAUUGUGAUGGUUGUGGUGGAGUUUCUGAUGUUUACAGCAAGGUAGGAGUCGUAAUUCGUGUUCAAUAUGAAACUGAGUCUGCUUCUUUUGUAUUGUUUGAUCGUCAUGUUAAAAAUGUUAUUCACCAGGGAAGCAUUAUUGCAGUGAAACAAAUCGACCAUAAACAACUCCAUCAAUCUGGGUGGAGGUUAGUGCAGGCGGAAAAGGAAAUGGGCGAGAUGGAGGUUUGGGACGACAAACUUCUUGAAGGCGUAGUGUUUGGGAUCGAUUUGCAGGUCCAUUACUUGGCAUCGUUUUGCAGGUCCUCUACGAGACAUCGAUUUGCAACCCCUGUCUCACCUUCAAAAUCAGUAGGUGUAUGGUAUAAAUCGAUCUCAUUCUUCGGUACUAGAGGAAGAAGGAGGGCGACGAAGGCUGGUGACGGCAAAGUGAGUAACGGAGGCCGGUGA